UAUGUCCCCAGAUGGGGACCGGUGCUAUCUAAGUGAAAGUCACUUUCCUUUCGAGGGUACAUUAGAAAUAUAUUGGAACGGUGCUUUUAAAAAAAACUGAAAGAAGCAGAUCCAAGCAAGAGGUUUAUUUUGGUGUAGAGAAUGUUACUUUAGUUUAAAAGGUCGCCGUGUAUUUUAAAACAACAUUGCGGCGCGCCGUGUGUUGGCUGUGGGCGACUGUGGGCAUUGAGCUGGGAGCGGCAGUGGGUGACAUGCGGGUUCGUGACCAGCGGCAGGGCUGGUUAAAUCCAGGCUUGGAACGCCCUAUAGCUCCAGGCUCCACCCGGAAAAUAUCGGGUUGUAUUAAAAGCCUUAGCUCAGCGGCAUCCAUGAGAGCGGCAGAGAUGGGCGAUUCAGUGGAUCCGUGGCGGGUUCCCUUCUGUGAUGGGAACAGCAUCCCAAUCCUGGGAUUGGGCACCUGCUCCUUGGACAAGCCUGUUAAAGGUGAGACGGUGAAAGCUGUAAAGGCUGGUAUUGAAAUUGGAUAUCGUCAUUUUGAUGGAGCCUUGAUGUAUGGCAAUGAGGAUGAAGUUGGUGAAGCCAUUCGGGCAAAGAUUGCUGAUGGAACAGUGAAGAGGGAAGACAUCUUUUACACCAGCAAGUUAUGGAUGUCCUACCUCUCUCCUGCUCUGGUCCAGAAAGGCCUGGAACUGACAUUGAAAAGCCUGAAGCUGGAUUACAUUGAUCUAUUCCUUAUCCACUGGCCUACAGGGUUAGAGCUAAGCGAAGGUGUGCUGUUUCCUCAGGAUGCAAGUGGAAAGAUUCUACUCAGCGAUGUGGAUUUCUGUGAAACCUGGGCGGUGAUGGAAUCCUGCAAAGAUGCUGGUUUAGUGCGAUCUAUCGGAGUGUCCAACUUUAACCACAAACAGCUAGAAACAUUGCUCAGGAUGCCCAAGCUGAAAUACAGGCCGGUGUGUAACCAGGUUGAAUGUCACCCAUACUUGAACCAGAGCAAACUUCUGAAAUACUGUAAAUCCAACAAUAUUGUUCUCGUGGGCUACAGUCCUCUGGGAACAUCGCAAGAUCCUGCAUGGUUCGACCCAAACAAUCCCAUCCUUUUGAACGAUCCCGAGCUGAGAAAGAUUGGUGAGAAACACAACAAAACAGCAGCUCAAGUAGCCCUCCGUUAUCAGAUACAACGUGACGUUGUCGUUAUUCCAAAGAGUUUCAAUCCUGGACGGAUGAAGCAAAACAAAGAGAUUUUUGACUUCCAGCUGACAAAUGAAGAGAUGAAAGCUAUUGAUGGAAUAAACAAAAACUUGCGCUAUAUAACUCUGAAACAGCUUAUUGAUCACCCUAAAUAUCCAUUUCAUGAGGAAUAUUAAUGAGAUCUGCAGGUGAUGGUGCCUCUCACUGAUGCAACGUUCCUAAGUGGAUAUGUCAAGAGCAAAUCUUAAAUACCCUGGAGAAAAUAUUUUGACAUAAAGAUCAACAAAAUAUAAGCAUUGUUAGAAAUUUCUAUGGCAAGAGUUUUUAUUUAAUGGUCAAUAAACUGUGUCAUCUUG